CAAUUGACAUAUUUUUUUAUUGUUUUCAAUUUUCGUUUCUAUUUUUUAAACAUAAUUAUUUUGAUGUGUAAAUGUAGUUAAAUGUAUUUUGAGAAAUUAAAAUAAUGACACCAUUGCUGAAGAUUGUAUGACUGCAGUCUGGGGAUCUUAUAAACAGGAUUAAUAUCAUAAAUCAUAAUUUAAUACAAACUUGUAAUGAAAACUAAAAAUUUAUGUAGUUGGAGCCAUAUAUAAAUGAUAACAUGAGUAACAUUUAUAUUCAAGAGCCGCCAGCUCUUGGCAAGGUUCUGCUUAAAACAACAGUGGGGGAAAUUGACAUUGAACUUUGGACUAAAGAAACUCCAAAGGCAUGUAGAAACUUCAUUCAGCUGUGUUUGGAAGGCUACUAUAAUGAAACCAUAUUUCACCGGGUUGUGCCUGGUUUCAUUGUCCAGGGUGGGGACCCUAAUGGUGACGGAACUGGCGGAGAGUCAAUAUAUGGAUCAACAUUUAAGGAUGAGUUCCACUCGCGUCUCCGCUUCAACAGACGUGGUCUGGUGGCAAUGGCCAACGCCGGAAAGGACGACAACGGUUCCCAGUUCUUCUUCACGCUAUCUGCAACACCAGAGCUGCAGAACAAACACACGAUAUUCGGCAAAGUUGUCGGUGAUUCCAUUUACAAUGUACUCAAGCUGACUGAAGGUCUAAUAGGCCCGGAUGAGAGGCCAGAGCAUCCCCACAAGAUAACUUCCACCGAGGUUCUGAUAAACCCAUUCACCGAUAUUGAACCCAGGGUGCAGGAGACAUCUGCUGCACCAGUGCCUAAAAAGAAGAAGAAGGAACGGCAAGGAGUUAAAAAUUUCGGUCUCCUCUCAUUCGGUGAGGAGGCUGAGGAAGAGGAGGGAGGGGCCCACGAGUUCAAAGGGAAACCUAAGUCUACGCAUGACCUUCUAAAAGACCCGAAGUUGAGCAGCAAAACAGCAGCAGAAUUAGAAUUGGAAGCGCAGAACGAGAAUGAAGAUAAACAGAGUGAGUUGAGCGCGAAAAAGAGACGGGAGACACAGGAAGCUGUGUCUAAUAUAAGAGAUAAGCUUGGUAGAAGGAGGGAAGCCACGCCGGAGGAGGCCGCUGAAUAUGCGGACGAGAAGGAUACGACGGAGACCGAAGAGUAUUAUCUGGGGAAAGAAAGGGACGACGAGAGGAAACGGGAGCGCGAACGAAUACGCAACGAAAUAAAUCAACUUAAGAAAGAGAUGCGAAGCACCAAAGAGGAGAAAAAAGAAGUGGAAGAAGAAGAAAAGCCGAGCGUUGAACAGGACAACGAGAUGUACAAGCAGUACGUGAGCGAGCAGGAGAAGUAUAGGAAGAUGAAAGAACAGCUGCCAAAGAAAGGUGCCGCUAGAAGCCGCCGCUCUAGACAAACCAGAAAACCAGUGAGAAAGAAACCGUGGGUGAAGAACUUAUACGAAAACCGAGACUACGCCGACAAUUAUACAGAUUCGAAGUUUCUCGAAGACUUGAGAAAAAAUCUGUUCGUUGAAAAAGUGACUUUACUGCAAGCCGUGCAAGGCUCAUUUAGUGUUGUGCUGCGGCUGUGUCUGUGUGUGUUAUACGCCAUCUUGUUCACGUAUAUGUAUAACCAAUGGGUUCACACACACACAGUUAUCUACACGACUAUAGUGACAACUGCUAUUUGUUAUAGCUUUUAUAUGUGUGUGGAACGAGCGUUUAUAGCGCAUUGUAAAAUAGUCCUAGUGUAUUUAGUGAUUGGUUAUAUUUUGUCGCCAGUUUUGCAUACGCUGACUGAUACGGUCAGUACAGAUACAAUAUACGCGUGGUCUGUCAUUAUGAUGAUUGUGCAUUUAAUGUUUUUUGAUUACGAAGUGCCCGCCGCGUUUGUUUCGAAGUCGCUGUCGAUAAACGCCGCGAUUUUCGCGUCCGUCUGUCUUGUGUCACGUCUUUCCACCCCGUUCGACGCUUUCGUCUUGCUAACUAUAUCGGUAAUAUUCUUCGUACUAAGUCCUCGGUUGUUUCAAGUGUUUCUACACACUCAACUGUUCAAUAUACUGUUCUGUGUAGUACUCUGUUUAACAGUUCUUGCGUUAUACAGCGUGUCCAAUGUUAUCCUGUAUUAUUUUUUGUUUUUCGUGUUUGUUUUGAGCGUGUACUGUCCCGUUAUGUUUGUUCGGUGGCAGAAGUAUAAGGACAAUAAAUAUGGUCCCUGGGAUGAGGCGAUUCUGAACAAUUCUGACGAAUUAGAGGAUAGUUUGUACAAUUGAUUGUGCUAAAAUGAUUAAUUUAGACAUCAAUUAUACUAUUUUUUUUAUGGAAUAGGAGGAUAAACGAGCGUACGGGUCACCUGGUGUUAAGUGAUCACCGCCUCCCACAUUCUCUUGCAACACCAGAGGAAUCACAAGAGCCUUGCCGGCCUUUAAGGAAGGUGUACGCGCUUUUUUUAAGGUACCCAUGUCGUAUCGUCCCGGAAACACCGCACAAGGAAGCUCAUUCCACAGCUUUGUAGUACGUGGAAGAAAGCUCCUUGAAAACCGCACUGUGGAGGACCGCCACACAUCCAGAUCCACUAUCCAUAUGCUAUGAGUUUUCUUGAGUGUUAAGUCCACUAAUAGCCUAAACACACUGUCGGAUUUGGUACGGUCGGAGCAUCGAACGUGCCGGUGGGUGAUUUGUACCAAUUGGUCCGGCGUCAUACUCUGUACGGUCCGGAUGAUAAUAAUCAUAAUUUUGUGCGAUGAACAACGCGACAUACCAUCCAAUAUGGUCCGCUACCAGUCUGCGUCCUAUCGUUCGCCCGCACCAAAUCCGAUCAUGUGUUUCGCCUUUUACAUGAGGCAUAGGCAUAGAUAAUUAUGGAUUUUCGCAAUAUAACAUCUAUUUUAUAUUAUUUUGUUUAUCAAUCAUAUUGUUACGUGUCGGGACGGUUCAUAAAACAGCAAUAAGUUCCGUAAAUAAUUAAUUACAAAUUCUGGAUGUCAGUAAACACUUCCGUCUGUGAUCCAAUUUAAGUCAAAGUCAAAUAAACUUAAUUCAAUUUGGCUUAAACUGAGCGCUUUUGAAUCGUCACUAUAAAUAUUUCUUUUAUAUGAGUCUACCAUAUGUACGGAAAAAGUUGAGCUCGUGAGAAAAACAUAAGAAACUCAACGGCUACUCUUUUCAAUAAAUAAAAUUUUACAAUGGCUGUGAUAUGCAUAACAAAUUAAUUUGUAAGGUGCUGUAUCCAAUAUAUGAGUCGUGUUUAAAUAAAUACCAAAUAUUUCAUAAAAAGCAAUGAAGAAUAUACCAUAUAAAUAUAAAUUAUCGUAUACUAUCUAACUCGACAGACGUUGUUCUGUAGAUAAUAAAAACAAAAUUCUUUUUUAAUUAUCUACAGAAUUUAUUAUUUCGUAAAAAAUGCUCCCUGUUGUUAUAAUGAAAUUGUUUCACAGCAGAACUGUCAAACCGUGCGUCAAUAAAUUCUCUCACAGAAAAUAUGUCCAUACAAAACAUAUAUUGGAAAUAAAAUUAAUUAUGGGUCCCAAAUCGAAAUAAAAGCUACCCUAUCUCUCAAGUUGGGAUAAGCUGCACACCAUGAACAAAUCCCCAUUUAAAUCCGUUCAUUAGUUUAGGAGUCCAUCGCGGACAAAUAACGUGUCAUUUAAUUAAAAUAUUAAGAUUGGAUACAUCAACCUUUAGAACUUGAAUUCAUUGUUUGUGUAAGGAUACUUCGUGCACAUGAUUACUGUCAAUUACAAGUUAUACACUAAUAAAAAUGACUUCGAAUCUAUAUAUAUAGACUAUGAUAUAGAUAAGCUAGUUAAAAUACCAAAUGAUAAGACUUAAAUUGUCACAAAUAUUGUUAUAAUUGUACAAAUUAAAUUUAUGAACGAUGCGGGACUCGAACCCGCAACCUCUCCGCACUCGAGCGCUCGCAUUCCGUGCGAGCGCUCUUCCACUGAGCCAACCGUUUGAGUGAGUUCAUAAAUUUUAUUUUUAAAUUUUUAUUUGUGUAAUUAAUUCUAUAUCACUUUAAAAAAUAUUUUU